UGUUAUCACUUAUCAUUAACAAAUAACAAUCAAAUCUAUUAUUUUUAGAUAUUGUUUGGAGUUUUUGUUGAAAUUUUAUUUUAUCUAGGAAUUUAAGAAACGCAAUUCAAUCUGACUGUGGUUAGUAUAUUGCGCCGUAUUCAAAUGUGAGCGCGAUAAACUUAAUAAACGUAAUUGCUUGCGAGUUGAAUAUCGAUUCACAGUGGUCCUACUGACGUCCAACAAGUUUGCGUAAUACAGCCCAUACAUUAAUUACUGUACUUUAUAGUGUACAAAUAUUUAAAUAUAUUCGUGAGUGCAAUGGUGUAGCAUCUGAAUUUGGUUUAAACUCAUUACUUUAGAAGUCUCUGUACCUGUGCUUGUGUAUAACUAUGAUAGGUGUGUAAAUUAUUGAUUAGGUACUUCUGUUAGGGUCAAGAAGAUUGAAGGCAACAACAUGGAAGACGACGGAGACGACAAAGAUGACUCUAAAAGGAAGACACGUAACCUAAGUGAGAAAAAGCGACGAGACCAAUUCAAUAUGCUUGUUAACGAGCUGGGUACAAUGGUAUCUUCAAAUAAUCGAAAAAUGGACAAAUCUACUAUCCUCAAAUCCACCAUAUCCUUCUUAAAGAACCACAAUGAAAUAACAGUACGAUCAAGAGCCCACGAUGUACAAGAAGACUGGAAGCCUGCUUUCUUGUCAAAUGAAGAAUUUACAUAUUUAGUACUUGAGGCACUGGAGGGAUUUGUUAUGGUGUUUUCAGCGACUGGUCGCAUCUAUUAUGUGUCUGAAAGUGUCACAUCUCUGUUAGGCCAUAAUCCGAAUGGCAUUGUAAAUAAAAGUAUAUUUGAUUUGGUGCAUGAAGAGGAUCACCAUAAUCUGUAUGAAUUUCUUCAAAAUCCUGGUGCAUCUGUACAUACUACACAGGGGAUCAAUACAGAGAACGACAUAAGCUUCCAGUGUCAUUUCCAAAGAGGAACGCUUGAUUUACGGGAUGAGGUCACGUACGAACUUGUUCAGUUCAACGGUCAUUUCCGUACUAAUACAGAACAAAAUGAAGCCUGUGAUCUAUCUUUUCAACAAGACCAAGAAUCCAGACUACUUUUCGUCUGCACGGGCAAGCUGUGUACGCCGCAACUAAUACGGGAUGUGUCACUCGUGGACCCUAAUCGCAACGAGUUCACAUCACGACAUAGCUUAGAAUGGAAGUUCCUGUUCCUUGACCAUCGUGCCCCACCCAUCAUCGGUUAUUUACCAUUUGAAGUACUCGGCACAUCAGGAUAUGAUUACUAUCAUUUUGACGAUCUAGAGAAAGUUGUUACGUGUCACGAAGCAUUGAUGCAAAAGGGAGAGUUGACUUCAUGCUACUACAGGUUUCUGACCAAGGGACAACAAUGGAUUUGGCUUCAGACACGUUUCUAUAUAACCUACCAUCAGUGGAAUUCCAAACCGGAAUUCGUCGUAUGCACACAUCGUGUUGUUAAUUAUGCUGACGUAGAUACGAGUACGAAGCAAGAAAAUACAGAACAAGACACUAGAAGUGAAGCUGAUCCAAUUCAACCUGGUCUUAAGGAACCUUCGCCAGAAGUCAUAGCCGCCGUUUCACCGUCUUAUAUGUCUGAAGCCAGCGAAGCAUUUGGGACCUCUUAUCAUUCUUUAUCACAACCACCAUCAGUGAAAUCAGUGGCGACAUCAGCUGGCAGCGCAAGUGCGACAGUAGCUACCGUUGGUACGGCGACAACAGCGGCGGCGUCGUGGCCGACGCGGGCUUCGCACAUACGUUAUGCAACCGGCUCUGACACCGGGUCAGUCUCGGGCGAAUCGCGAUCGUCGCAGCGGAACAGCUCGCAAGAAACACAAAGAGUGCAAGAGCCUUCACUUGUGCCGCAGCACGGUAUUGGAGCUCAGUAUUUGGAGCCAGUUCCUUACGUAGGCGCAGUUGGCAUGCCUGGCGUACUUCCUCUACCUCUACCACCGCUUCCGGUCAUUGUGUCCCCAGACCAGGCCCAGUUACAGGAGCAGCUACAGCGCACGCAUCGCGAGCUGCAGCAGAUGAUAGUGCGGCAACAAGAAGAACUGCGCCAGGUCAAGGAACAACUGCUGCUCGCACGGCUCGGCAUCUUGCAGCCCAUCAUUAACGUUCAGGAUCCGUAUGGGCACACUGAAGAGCUUCACCAAAAUCCACGCAUUCCAGCACAAAUUCUUUACGAUGGAGCACAGGCGAGACCCAUCGCUGGCUACCCGCCGCCGCCUGCGGGCCACCCCGCGCACCCCAGCCCAAAUCAGUACAAUAUGCCACACCCCCCGCAGUAAGCUCGCGUGAUAUACAGUCCGACAAGCCUCUUUUGGCGCGUGGCCAAAAUCGGAACUAAAGCCGCCAUCUUGAAAGUACACUUGUUGAUAGUUCGCUGUGUCGGCAUAAAGCUACAACUGCGCCCUCACUCAAGUGCCAAGAGAGCCUUGUCGGACUGUACAUGCUGAUGGCUCGCAGAACAGCAUGCCAGACACUGGCAUCUUUGACCUGAUAUUAUUUAAUGACUGCACUAACUUCACAAUUGUCAAUUUCACAGGAGAGCUGCUUAAAGCUCAGAUAUGACUAGCACAAAAAUAGUUGAUAGUAUUAAUACAGUUUAGCAUCUGAUCACAAUUCUGGAUCAGAUGCUAAUUUGUAUUGAAAUUGUCUCUAUUUUU